AACCUGUAUUAGCAGAUACCGAGAACAGACGGCUAGAGACGCGCGUGCCAGAUCGCCGGCAAUAAGAAUUAACAACGAGGAAGUUAUGACAGCACGCACUUUCUGCAUUGCAUUUUAUCUUGGUGCCUUUUAAUUCAGUGAAGGGAUUUAAGGCAUUUCGCUGACACUCGUACAGAGAUGGAGGUUGUUUUCUGGUUGUUGGUGUUCAGCGUGGUUGGUUGGUGCGCAUCAGGGACGGAGCAAAAUACCGCAUAUUACAAUGGAUACCGAGUUUUUCGACUAAUACCAUCAACCCUGCAGCAUAUAAAGGCUCUGAAAGAUUUAGAAAAUGACAUAACGCUGGACGUAUGGCGUCAUCCCCAUAACCUAGGCGACAAUUAUGACGUCAUGGUGAAACCGGAAGAUCACUCAAAAUUUGUUGAGCGAUUGACAAAUCACAACAUUGAGUUCCAAGUGUUGCUAGAUGAUGUUGAAAAAAUUCUCAAUGACGAAAGACGUCACUUCCGGCGAAGAAAGAAGAGAGCUCUUUCAUCUAUAAGCGCGUACACGACAAACUUCUUAAACGUGCAGGAAAUUGAAGAAUUCUUACUUAAAGUAAAAGAGACAAGCAGAGAUGUUAACGUCACUAUCUCCAGCAUUGGCCAGUCGUCUCUGGGACAAAACUUAACAGUUGCUAAGAUAUAUAAAGCGUCAUCACACCGGAAACCAGCGAUCUUCAUCGAUGCUGGGAUUCACGCUAGAGAGUGGAUCGCCCCAGCCAUGGCGAUCAACUUCAUAUACCAGUUGGCGUUGAACCCAAACCGUGACAGACAAGUAUCAAGACUUUUGAACAAAUACGACUGGUACAUAAUGCCAGUCGCCAACCCAGACGGAUACCAGUUUAGUAUUUAUUCUGAUCGCAUGUGGAGAAAAACACGGAAUGACAAUCCCGGAAGCGUCUACAAAGGAACGGAUGCGAACCGGAACUUCAACUACAGGUGGAAUCCAGAUGUUGGUGGUAGUCGCAACCCAGGUGAAGACACCUACGCUGGGUCAGCGCCUUUCUCCAUCCCCGAAUCUAGGGAUCUAGGUCGGUUUCUGAUGGAACACGGAUCCCAGAUUAAGCUCUACCUCACACUGCACUCAUACGGACAGUACUUACUAUAUCCUUGGGGUUACGGCCCGCACGAAUUCGCCAGCGACCAAAACGAUCUGGAACGCCUUGCGCGUGUGGCAGACCGUGCAAUGCCCGAAACAUAUAGAACUGGAACUUCAAGUGUUGUUCUCUAUCCAGCUGCAGGCGGGUCUGAUGAUUUUGCCAAGGGAGUUGCCGGAAUCAAAUACAGCUACACAAUGGAACUUCCCCCACCGGACACCGCAGACAAUAAUACUUAUGGUUUCAUAGUGAACCCAAGAGACAUACCCACCAUUGCCAGAGACACCUGGCAAGGGGUAAAAGCAUUAGCAUUGGAACUUCAUCGAACUUUGAGAGCUAACAGAACUUCCCAUGACGACGAUUAUGCGGCAUAGACCAGACAGUGGUGUUGGUGUUGGUGUUGGUGUUGGUGGUGACGAUGACAGCGAUAACUGAUUAGAGGAUCUUGUUUAUAGUGCUUUAAUCAACAGACUGAAAACAAAAAUGUUAGUAUAUAAUAGUUAUGUUUAUCGAAACAUGAAGUAAAAAAAAUUAAUAUUU